AAGAGAUCAAUUAAAUAUCCUUUUGAUCAUUUGGCUUUUGUGCUUACCUGGGAAUGAUGGGCACAGAACAAAUGGGGUGGGGAAUCAUGGGUGGAUGGAGGAAAGGGCCAUGGACUGCAGAAGAAGACAGAUUGCUUGUUGAAUAUGUGAGGUUUCAUGGUGAAGGAAGGUGGAAUUCUGUUGCAAGAUUUGCAGGACUGAAAAGGAAUGGGAAGAGUUGCAGGUUAAGGUGGGUGAAUUACUUGAGGCCUGACUUGAAGAGAGGGCAGAUAACCCCUCAUGAAGAGAGGAUCAUUGUUGAGCUACAUGCUAGGUGGGGGAACAGGUGGUCAACAAUUGCAAGAAGCCUACCAGGAAGAACAGACAAUGAGAUCAAGAACUACUGGAGAACUCAUUUCAAGAAGAAGGCAGCAGCUAACAGCUCUGAUCACCCGAAAGCUCGGAUUUUGAGGCAGCAACAACAACAGAAGAAGAAGAAACAAGAGGAGAGCAAUCAUCAAAUGGACAUGAGAAAGAUGAUGUCUUCAUUCGACGAAAUCGACGAAAACAGACUCUCAGUACCUCAACCUCAACCUCCAACAGACCUGUUGUCUGAUCAAGAACAAGGCUUUCUCUACUCCAUGAUCAAUGGCUAUGCAUCAGUGCCAGAGCCCUAUUCCACUGAGGACAUGAUUAUGUGUGAUGGGCUGUGGAAUUUGGAUGAUUUUCAUGGGAGUUUCAGUGCAAACAAAGCCUGUUUCCUGCAACCUGUAGCAGCUCCUUUCUACUGACCAUUCAUGGGGGGGAAAAACCAAUAAAGUUUCCAUCUUUUUGGUGUGACAGAUGCCCAAUUGAGAACCAAAGAAGGUUUUCAACAAGACUGUUGUAUAAUCUCUUCAGAACAUUCUAACUUUAUGUCAAUCAUAUGAGUGCACUAUGUCACCUGAAA